AUGCACUUACUGUCACAUAAAGGCGAUGAGAAGUGUGCAAAGCUUGGAGGUGUUUGUGUUGAUGAUAGCAUCAGCUACUGUUCCGGAAGUUACGUCAGUCAUGCUUGUUCCGGUGGAGCACACCACAGAUGCUGCUUGGCUAAGCACACUCUUGUGGACAUUGGCGACUGUUCUGACUUCAACGUCACCAUAGUCUCGCGAGAUUCCUGGGGCGCGAGAAGACCCACCGUUAUCGAGACUAUUCAUCUUCCGGUUCCGUGGGUGUUCAUCCACCAUGGCGGACACGAGUGUCAAUCCCUGGACACGUGCGCCAGUUCAGCGCUUGGCAUCCAGAAAUACCACAUGAACUCAAGAAAGUACUGGGACAUCGCCUACAGUUUCCUGGUGGGCGGGGACGGGCGGGUGUAUGAGGCACGUGGUUGGCAUCAUCGCGGUGGACACACCCACGGCUACAACACGAAGAGCAUCGCCGUGUGCGUGCUCGGCAACUACAUGGAACGUCUUCCCAGCAGGAGCACCCUCGACGUCAUCCACAGACUGCUGGCGUGCGCGGCGGCCAGAGGAAAGAUCUCCCACAACUACCGCCUGUAUGGACACCGCGACGUGCGGGCGACGGCGUGUCCCGGGACACAGCUGUAUAAUGAGAUCAAGACGUGGACUCACUACAGUACUGUCAAACCGGGAUAGAGGGCGUACUCGUUUCGUCCCCAAACCUGUUCGCCCCAUGUCACUUUGCCCCAUACCAGUUCGCCCCCCCAAAAAAAACUGACACUUGGGACGAAUUGACAUGGGGCGAACUGCUUUUGGAUGUGAAACGUCUGGUACCCAUAUAUGUACAGGCAUAAAAAUUAAAGAGAAUUUGCUGAAUUUGCUUCCAUUGUAAGAUGUUUCCUACUAACAAA